AUGGCGAACGUCACAGGGAACUACACCAUGGUCUGUGGGACCUACGAACAGCUGGAAUACUGGCCCAACAACUUUGACGACUUUGCUGCUGCAGUUAUUUUACUUUACGACGUCAUGAUAGUGAACAACUGGCAGGCGUUCAUGGAGGCGUACAGCCGAUACACCACAGAAUGGUCGAAGAUCUACUUUGUGAGUUGGUGGCUCACGUCCUCAGUCAUGUGGGUCAACCUGUUUGUGGCGCUGAUCCUGGAGAACUUUAUUUAUAAAUGGGACCGCAGCCACAGCUGUUCUGUCACAGAUGUGGAGCGGAUCCGGUACGAGACGUCUGUUCAACUCAUGUUCAAAGAGCAGAUCCAGGAGCCCACAGAGGAGGAGCUGCUGUGUCAACUCCAUCAACACCCACACCUCCACCUGGACUGGUGA